AUGUCUUGCCUAAAGAAGAAGGAAGAAGACUCGUUAACAUAACCGUAUUUCCUUGCACUGUCACACACAAAAAUUAGUUGGCCAACUUUUCUUGCAAAUCUGCAAUAUUUCAUCACUUCCAACAAACCCCAGAUAAACUCCCAAACCCCUAACAACAGUAGUUAUCAAAAUGGUGCUGGAUCUCGACCUGUUUCGCGCCGACAAAGGAGGAAAUCCUGACAAAAUCAAGGAAAUCCAAAAGAAAAGGUACAAAGAUGUUGGACUUGUAGAUACUGUAAUCGAAAAAGACACCUUAUGGAGGCAGCUCAGGCAUACGGCCGAUAACUGGAACAAACUGAAAAACGUUUGCAGCAAAGCCAUUGGUGAAAAAAUGAAGAAAAAAGAACCGCAAGGUGAUUCCAGUGAAGCAGUACCUGAAGAUGUGGUUGCAACUUUGGAUUCUUUAACUGUUGAACAACUACAAGCUUUGUCUGUUAACCAAAUUAAAAAGGUAAGAAUUCUUAUCGAUGAGGCUGUAAUCAAGAACGAUCAUGACCUUCUAGUUGCUGAAAAAGUACGCAACAAUGCUCUAAAAGAAGUAGGUAAUCUUUUGCAUGAUUCUGUGCCAGUUGAUGACAAUGAAGAUAAUAAUAAAGUUGAGCGUACUUAUGGCGAUUGUGAAUUUACAAAGAAAUACUCUCAUGUUGAUUUAAUUUCCAUGAUUGAUGGAGUAGAUUCUGAAAGGGGUACAGUCGUUUCAGGCAGUAGAGGGUAUUAUUUAACUGGGCCUGCAGUAUUUUUAGAACAAGCCCUUAUCCAAUUCGCCCUUAGGCUCCUCCUGAAAAAAUCCUACAAACCUUUAUACACUCCAUUCUUUAUGCGAAAAGAAAUAAUGCAAGAAGUAGCACAAUUGUCACAGUUUGAUGAGGAACUAUACAAAGUUAUUGGCAAAAGUAGUGAAAAUGCUGAAGACAAAGAAGUAGAAGAAAAAUAUUUGAUUGCAACUUCAGAACAACCAAUUGCAGCUUUUCACAGAGAUGAAUGGAUUCCUGAAAGCACUCUACCAAUUAAAUAUGCAGGAUUGUCCACUUGCUUCAGGCAAGAGGUGGGAUCUCACGGGAGAGACACUAGAGGCAUUUUUAGAGUGCAUCAAUUUGAAAAGGUUGAACAAUUUUGUCUGACUUCGCCAUUCGACAACAAAUCUUGGGAGAUGAUGGACGAAAUGAUUUCCAAUGCAGAAGAAUUCUACAAAGCCUUGGAAAUUCCUUAUAGAAUUGUCAAUAUUGUAUCUGGAGCUCUUAACAAUGCUGCAGCCAAAAAGCUGGACUUGGAAGCUUGGUUUCCUGGAUCUGGUGCCUUUCGUGAGCUGGUCUCUUGCAGUAAUUGUUUGGAGUAUCAAGCUAGAAGAUUAUUGGUUAGAUAUGGUCAAACCAAGAAAAUGAACGCAACUACGGAUUAUGUGCACAUGUUGAACGCUACAAUGUGUGCAACUACAAGAGUUAUAUGCGCAAUACUUGAGGUGCAUCAAACUGAAGAAGGGAUAAAAGUACCAAAGGCUCUGAAGGAGUUUUUGCCUGAAGAGUAUCAGGAGUUCAUUGCGUUUGUCAAACCUGCACCAAUUGAUCUGGAAAAAGAAGCCAAGGCUAAGAAGGGACAAGGCAAGAAGAAAGGGCAAGGUGAAGAAUGAGAAUUUUCUAUUUAUUGAUUUUGUAUUGAACUUAUGCAUUUAUAAGCUUUAAAUAAAUUUUUUUGCUUUUAAUUCA